AUGGCGAAUGAGAAACAAUUGAAAUGGGAAGGCAAGGCUAGUGCAGAGCUCAAUGGCCCAGAAGCAGAACAAGUUUGGCCUCUUUUGGAGGACUUCUUUGGCCUGCACAAGUGGUUCCCAACUCUCACAACUUGCCUUGGUGUUGAAGGCAUAUCAGGGCAACCCGGUUGUGUGCGCUACUGCGCUGGGUUCAAGACUCCAGUUGACCAUAAAAGAGAGCAAGACCAAGACCAAGAGAAGGUGAAUUGGACCAAGCAGAAGCUGCUUUCUAUAGACCCAGCACAACUGAUAUUUAGCUAUUCUAUUAUAGAUGGGAAUGUUGGGUUCAACUCAUACAUUUCAACUGUGCAAGUGGUUCCAAAGGAAGGUGGCUGCAGCAUUGUGUGGAAGUAUGAAGUUGAACCCGUGGAGGGGUGGAAAAUGGAGGAUCUGGACAUGUUUAUUGGCACAGGCUUGCAAGUCAUGGCUAGCAGAAUGGAAGCCUCUCUCCAACUCCAAGUUGGGCCACUGGAACCAGAAAAAGUGCAAGUUUCUCAUGCCAUCCACAGUACAGAUGACUCCCACCGACAUGCCAGCAACUUCUUGCCUGUUAUCCUUUCUCAAUCCUUCUUUGAGAUGGUCUCUCUUAGAAAUUCCACACCAACAAAAGUCAGAGCUGAAACUGAAUUAUUCUCAAUCCUGGGAAUGCUACCUCUGAGCAACCUCCUGUGCAUCGUCAGCCAUCCUUGUGCUACUUUGCAUAUAACAGCCAUUGUACCUAAAGUUCACAACAAACAUUAG